GCUGCUUCCUAGCUCCUCCCCACAGCAGCUGCAAAUUCUUGUUGCAGCUGCGGUGGUGAGUGCCCCUUGCUGGGCUACUGAAAUUGCACUCUGAAGCUCCCUGCCCUCUGCUCUCUCCAAGGCCAAUAGCUUAGGACUUUGGCCUCUAGGCAGUGCCUCGGCUCUUAAGCAGAAAAAAGGGGGUGGUGCAAACUUAUAGACUGCAAUGCUUGCCUUCCUAGCGAGGAACAUGGCAAAGCCAUCAGGUUUGCUGAGGCCGGUGGCACUGAGGAAACUUCCAGGCCGGUACCUCGCCCACCAGGAGAGCUUGCCUCACCUCCCCAUCCCACCUCUCCAGCAGACGUUGGACCGCUACUUGGCUGCGCUCCAGCCCAUCAUCAGCGAGGAAGAACUCAGCCACACCAGGGAGCUGGUGCAGGAUUUUCUGAAACAGGGCGGUGUUGGGGAGAGGCUGCAGAAAGGACUGGAGAGAAGAGCCCGGAAACAUGAGAACUGGCUUUCUGACUGGUGGCUGAAAACAGCAUAUCUAGAGUAUCGGCUGCCCGUGGUGGUACAUUCCAGUCCAGGAGUAGUUUUGCCCAAACAGGAUUUUCUGGAUCGGCAAGGACAGCUAAGGUUUGCUGCGAAGCUGAUCGAGGGGGCUUUGGACUUCAAAACCAUGAUUGACAACGAGACACUUCCUGUGGAAUACCUGGGUGGGAAACCCCUCUGCAUGAACCAAUACUACCAAAUCCUCUCUUCCUGCCGUAUCCCCGGCCCCAAACGGGACUCUGUUGUGAAUUACGCAAAAGGAAAGAAACCUUCAAUGCAUAUCACUGUAGUCCACAACUUCCAGUUCUUUGAGCUGGAUGUCUACAGCAGUGACGGCAGCCCCCUGACGACUGACCAGAUAUUUAUUCAGCUGGAGAAGAUCUGGAACACCUCCCUCCAAACCAACAAGGAGCCGAUUGGGAUCCUGACCACCAACCAUCGCAACAGCUGGGCCAAGGCCUACAAUAAUCUCAUCAAGGACAAAACCAACAAAGAGUCUGUGCGUUCAAUUGAAAAGAGCAUCUUCACUGUCUGCCUGGAUGCACCGAUGCCCCGUGUCUCAGACGAUAUCUACAGGAGCCAUGUGGCUGCCCAGAUGUUGCACGGUGGGGGCAGUCGCUGGAACAGUGGGAACCGCUGGUUUGAUAAAACGCUUCAGUUUAUCGUGGCCGAGGAUGGCUCCUGUGGUUUGGUGUACGAACAUGCCCCCUCGGAGGGUCCCCCUAUUGUCGCCCUACUAGAUCAUGUUGUGAACUAUACAAAGAAACCAGAAUUGGUGAGAUCUCCCAUGGUCCCCUUGCCGAUGCCUAAGAAACUCCGGUUUAACAUCACCCCAGAAGUGAAGAAUGAUAUCGAGAAAGCGAAACAGAACCUUAACAUCAUGGUGCAAGACUUGGAUAUCAGUGCAAAUGUCUUCCAUCAGUUUGGGAAGAAUUUCCCCAAGUCGGAAAAGAUCAGUCCAGAUGCUUUUAUCCAGAUUGCUUUGCAGCUGGCUUACUACAGGAUGUAUGGGGAGACCUGUUCCACCUAUGAAAGUGCCUCACUCCGGAUGUUCCGCCUGGGCCGGACAGACACGAUCCGUUCUGCCUCAGUAGAUUCUCUCAAGUUUGUGGAGGCCAUGGAUGAUUCUGGCAAGAAGGACCCGGAGAAGGUGGAACUACUGAGAAAAGCUACCCAGGCUCAUCGUGCCUACACUGAUAUGGCAAUUAGAGGGAACGCAAUAGAUCGCCACCUACUGGGACUGAAACUCCAGGCCAUUGAGGACCUUGUCAGCAUGCCUGAACUGUUUAUGGAUACUGCGUACGCUGUUGCCAUGCACUUCAAGCUCUCCACCAGCCAGGUCCCCGCAAAGACUGACUGCGUAAUGUGUUUCGGCCCAGUGGUCCCAGACGGCUAUGGGAUCUGCUACAACCCCAUGGACGACCAUAUCAACUUUGCCAUCUCGGCCUUCAACAGCUGCGCUGAAACGAAUGCAGCCCGGAUGGCACAUUACCUGGAGAAGGCCCUCUUGGACAUGCAACUGCUCCUCAAAUCGAACCCCAAGUCUAAACUUUAAAGGGGGGGGGACUUGCAGUUUAAAGCCUUGGAGGCUCCAAAAUCCAGACCGUUGCACAAAGGCUUCAGCUGCAGGGAGUGUUUUACAUCCCAGAUCUCCAUGGAGUGAGGCCUGUUUGUGGUUCUAGGACUGCUAGGCCAAAAAACAAACAAACAAAGCUAAAAUAAAAAUAUGUUUGGUGGUUGUUGUUUUUUAAAAAAGGAGCUUGGAACAGACAGACUUUCUCCUGUGAUCAUGAAGUGCCUUAUUGCUUCCCCAGAAUUGGGGGGAUAGGUUUUUCUUCUUGUCAUACCUGCGUUUUGUUUUUGCUGUGAAAACAAGAAUAUAGGAAUGGCAGCCUGCUUCUCACCUCAAACAAGUCCAGAGGACAGGCGGGGAACUCCUGCUUCCCUGUAGACCAGGGGUAGUCAACCUUUUUUUAACCUACCGCCCACUAAUGCA